ACCAACCCCCUACCAAUCGACACCUAUAGCGUAGAGAGAGACACCUAUACAUACCACAUUACACAAACCCUUUCUCUCUCCUCUUUCUCUCUCCCCCAUCAAAAUUAGCGAUUCUUAUAGAAACACAGUAUGUAGAUACAGAAAAUUACCUAUACAUUCCACCCAGAUUAUUGUAUAGGUUUUAUAUUGUACAUACAUAUUAACUGCGCAUCAUUACUCUCUGGUAAUCCGGUUAAAAAACCUUUUAUCAUCACCUCUCUCAUAUUAGUUUACAUUUGAUUUGUGCAAUCUAACCCUAGAUUUGUGUAAUACACCGUAAAUAUGUGCAUCACGUAGCUGGGGAUAUGUUCUCUCUAUUGGGUAUUUAGAUUAAUUACUGUUUAAAUAUCGGAAUGUGGGGUUUGAUCGGAACAAUCUGGUUUAAUUUUGAUUGACCCAUUAGGUUUUUUUUCACAAGAAACUCUGUGAAAUCUUUGGGUGCUUUUAUUUUAGUAUGCAUUCGAGAAUUGAGGGUUUUCUUGUAGAAUCGGGUGAAUAUAUUUAGAGUAGAAAGCUAUGGCCUUGAAUCAACACGAACGAUUUUUAGCUGGGCUCGAGUUUGAUAGGUGUAAUAGGUAUUUUGACAGAGAAUGCCCAAAUGAGAAGCUUGAUUGUUCUGGUGAUUUUUGGGGUUUGAAUUGUAAAGUUGAAAACUUUCAUGAUCACAACAAAACUGGAAAAACUAAGAUGGUUUCUGAUGAUAUUAGUGAUUUUUGGGGUUUGAAAAAUUGUGAAAAGGGCAGCUUUCGGGAUCCCGAAGAUGAAGAAACUAAGAUGGUUUCUGAUGAUGAUAUUGUUGAUUUGUUGCCUCAGGAUCCUUUUGGUAUGGGUAUUAGUACCAAAGUCACGGCCAUCACGGGUUGGUUAGAGGAUUUUGACAAGGAUUUUGGGUUAAAGAAUCUUGGUUUCCACGCAGAUGAGAUUGAGGUUGACGCUCAAAUGUUUGCGGAACUGAAUAUCGUUCUAAAUGGGGCUAUGAGAAUUCACCAGGAUGUGGGGGUCCAGAACAUAGGUGAAAACUCCUAUGCUUCUGAGAUUGAUAUAGGAGAGGGAUUGUGCGAUUCUUUUGGUUGUAUGGACGUUGAGAUGGAGGAGAUUAUAAAUUCUAGUUAUUGGGUUUUUAGAGAUGCAGCUCAGAAAGAUCAGUCGGGCAUGAAUGAUCAUCGUAAUGGAGAUGGAGGUACUCCUUCAGAUGCACUGUUUUUGGCCCUUAGCUAUCUGUGCUUGAGAGACCUUCUUUCUGUUGAAAGAGUUUGCAAACCUUUACGAGAUGUGGUGCGUGGUGAUCCUCUUCUGUGGAGAAAUAUUCACGUUGAUCAUCCAUUGAGUUGUAAGAUCACAGAUGAAAUUCUUACAAAGUUGACAGAAAGAGCUCAAGGUCAUCUUCAUUCUCUGAGUCUUGUGCACUGCUCAAAGAUCACUGAUAGUGGUUUGAAUUGUGUGCUUGAAAGGAAUCCUAGCCUGAAAAAGCUUAGUGUCCCAGGAUGUGGGAGACUCACAGCUGAUGGUGUUCUCGGUAACUUAAAGGUCUUCAAGCCUGCAGGAAAACCCAGCCUUAAGUACCUAGGUAUUGAUGGGUUAUUUGGUAUGACAAACCAACACUUCGAAGAGUUCAAGGUCUUGUUAGAUGUCGAUAGCAGCAAGCUGCCAACUAAUCGUAAACCACGGUUUUUCCAAGGCGGCCAGUUAUCUGUGUUGUCUGAUGAUGAUCAAGCUAUUGAUAUUGAAAUAUGCCCGAAAUGCCAGCAACUUAGACUAGUCUAUGAUUGCCCCUCAGAGAGUUGCCAAAAGAAGCAAUCUACCACUCAGUUGUGCAGGGCUUGUACUAUCUGCAUUAAACGUUGUAUCAACUGUGGGCGGUGCCUAAAUAAUUGUGAAUAUGAGGAAUUAUUCAGUUUCGACUUGGUUUGUUUAGAUUGCUGUAGGCAACUUUUGGAUCACCAAGAGAGCCUGGAGAGGAUGACCGUUCCGCUGGAAAAUCCUAUUCUUCAUAAGCAGGCAAGUUGCCAUUUCUUCCUCUGUGGCUAGAAUGCACGGUAGGUAAUACUUUUAUCUUUAAGCAUCAAAUCAAAUCCAGCUCUCGAGUAUUGAUUAGUGACUGGUCGUGGUGUCAUUGAAAUCUGAUGAAUGUGGAAUUGGUAGGAGAAAAUGGCAGCUGUGAAGCUGAUCUCCUUCCAGGGAGGCUUUGUCAGUAAGAAUAUUGUGAUUUAAAGAAAAUGCGGGCUGGGUGGAGCUCGGCAGAGGGUUUGACUCCUUACAACUCGCACCAAUUGCGGCAUUUGCGGUUAGUUGAGAGAGCGAUGUGAUUGUAUUGUGUCAGAACACAACUAAUCCCCACUAGGCGAUUGAGAGGAGGAAGUCUGGUGAAGGCUGAACAACUACCUCCGUAGCUGAAUUGUGCUUAUUUCGAGAAAAAAAAAAACUGGGUUGUGCUAGACAGCGUCACUAGUUGUGUUUGUAUGCGGACUAGGGCAUCAAUCACCAGCGAGAUCCGCAAUAUUAGAAAGUAAACCCUACUUCUUGGCGAGGAGAAGGAAGAAGUUUAUCGUAUGUCUUGAGGUGAAGGGAGGCAGCGUGCAUUUGCUUCCAAAUAAUGGCUGGAAUAGCUGGAUUGUGCUAUUGGUGUCACUAAUUUUGUUUGUAUGCGGACUAGGGCAUCGAUCACCAGCUAGAUCUGCAAUUCCAGGAAAUAAAACCUACUUGGUGACGGGAAAAAAGAAAUUUGUCAUUGUAGGGAUGCAGUGUGCAUUUGCUUCCAGUUUCAGUGUUCUAUUUUACAACUUAAGUAAUCAACUCACAGCUUAUGAAACAGUUCUUGAUCUGAAUAUUCGGGUACUAAAUGAUAUAUUGCUAUUGCAAAUUCUGUGUUUUUUCUUGCUUGCAUUUUUAGUUGUAAUAUAGUAGUUGCUGAAUUCUGUGAUCAAACAGAGCAAUGUGUAUCAUGGUCGUUUUCUA